AUAUUCAUGAGCUCCACGACGCCACGCCUCCGCAGUGGUCUUCCUGUGAUUGUGUCGUCUCCGUUCUAUUGGGCAGACGCCACUUGCGCGUCGUCACACAUUGCUGAUUUUCAUUUUAAUCAUAAUUUCCUUAAAAUAUGUCGUCUCUGUAUAAACCGUUUUCUGUCUCGGACGGGCCGUGCAAAGAUGCGAUACUGAGGCGAGGUUGCACGCCGCUACAGCAUCCUGCCGCGCUGACCCGGAUUGCCUCCGCUGGCGGGGGAUCGACGUGCACUUUUACCCCAAUUCCUAACAUGUAUCCAGGCCAGAGGAAUCUAGCGGCCGCUGCAAUCGGAGGGCGAAAAAUCACCCAUCCGUGGAAGGCUAUUCUUGCUGGUGGCAUUGCAGGAGGCAUUGAGAUCUGCAUCACAUUUCCAACAGAGUACGUGAAGACCCAGCUACAGUUAGACGAAAGAGCAAAUCCUCCACGCUACCGAGGCAUAGGCGACUGUGUUAAGCUGACGGUGCAGGAUCAUGGGUUGAGAGGUCUAUACAGAGGGCUUAGUUCACUGGUUUAUGGAUCCAUCCCGAAAUCUGGAGUACGUUUUGGAACAUUCGAGGUUCUUAGUAACCCAAUGAGGGAUGCCACGGGUCGGCUUGACAAUAAAGGAAGUUUGCUUUGUGGGCUUGGAGCAGGAAUUGCAGAGGCAGUGUUGAUAGUCUGUCCAAUGGAGACAGUCAAGGUGAAGUUCAUUCAUGACCAGUGCUCCCUGAGGCCACGCUACCGAGGGUUCUUCCAUGGCGUAAGGGAAAUCAUCAGAGAUCAAGGUGUUCGAGGGACGUAUCAAGGACUGACUGCUACACUUCUGAAGCAGGGUAGCAACCAGGCUAUACGCUUUUAUGUUAUGAACUUGUUGCGCAACUGGUACAAAGGCGAUGACCCCAGUCGUGACAUGCACCCGCUGGUAACAGCGAUGUUCGGAGCAACAGCCGGGGCGGCGAGUGUUUUUGGAAACACGCCACUUGAUGUGGUGAAGACUCGAAUGCAGGGUUUGGAGGCUCAUCGCUACAAGAGCACAUUAGAUUGUGCAUUCCAGAUUUUGAAGAAUGAAGGCCCUCAAGCGUUCUACAAAGGCACGGUCCCACGACUGGGCAGAGUGUGUCUAGACGUGGCCAUUGUCUUUGUUCUCUACGAGGAGGUUGUAAAGCUACUGAACAAUGUCUGGAGAACAGACUGAAGACGCAUCAGGGUGCGGAACUGAUCGAGACAGACUGAACUAUCCAAACACAGUUGGCCACGUCAGACUUGAACCGUGACCCCUGGCCUAGAGGAUUUUAACCAUCCAUCUGUGUCUGUAUAGUUGAAGCCGGGAGCUUGAGCCAUGUGAAGGGACCUGUAGCUUACGGUAUUUAUCGAUGCACAAAAAUAUUGAUAAAUGAGUUUGCACUCUUCAGUAAAAUUGUGCAAGUGUCAUCUCACCACCAUGCUUUUAUAGAGGUUGUUGUCACAACCAAGUAUGUAAUGCACAUGUUCUUUUGUCCUAGUUUACAUGCAAAGCUCUGAGGUACACAGAAAUUGUGCUUUUAUAAGAAGUAAAAUCUAUCUUGAUUUUAUAAGUCUCAAAACUGGUAGAGGCUCAGACAUUCGUGAUACUCAAUAUAAAACUUGCAUGGCAUGCCGAGUGGCAUCAUCAAGACCUGGGCAAUCAAGCUUGUAUUUGUGUUUUUAUAAUGGAAGUGGCAGCUUUUUUUUAUUUGCACAAUUUAAUAAGCUUUUUUGUCAUCAAGCAUUUCCCACAAAGGCUGCUUAUUCUGUACUAGUUACGCUACUUUUGUGUUUGUGUCUGCUGUAUAAGCAGUGCUUCUUCAAAACCGAUUCUGAUACUUCACACAGAUUCAAUAAACCAACUAGGUUCA